GUAUGAAAUAGAGAAAGUAUAGAUUUCUGGCUCAUUCUCUCGAUAUUCAGUACAGGAUGAGUAAAGUUAACAGUGAGGAAUCUUCUAGUAGCCAAAAAUUAUUGAAGGAGGUUGAGACAAUAGGCGAAGCUCUGUAUGUGAACAAGAAUCCUAGGGGUUCGGUUGCUGGUCCUAAUAAGACUCCAACAAAACCUUUGAGUCGAAGCAACUUGGCUGAGCCUCAGAAGGAGAAGAAAUCGUUUUGGAAUUGGCCUCUCAGAGCCAUUAAUCAUGUCAGAAACCGCCGAUUCAAUUGUUGUUUCUCUGCUCAAGUCCAUUCCAUUGAAGGGUUACCCCCGAUAUUCCAGGAUCUUUCGCUCACUGUGCACUGGAAACGUCGUGAUGAAUCUUUAAGCACUCGUCCUGCAAAAGUUUCCAAUGGAAGAGCUGAAUUUAAGGAUAAGCUGACACAUACAUGCUCGGUCUACGGAAGCAGAAGUGGACCGCAUCACUCAGCUAAGUAUGAAGCUAAGCAUUUCUUGUUGUAUGUCUCUCUGGUUGGAUCUCCUGAGAUUGAUCUAGGAAAACAUCGAAUGGAUCUCACUAAAUUGCUUCCUCUCACACUUGAGGAGUUGCAGGAUGAGAAAAGCUCGGCUAAGUGGUCAACAACAUUUCAGUUGACUGGAAAGGCUCAUGGUGCUACUUUAAGCAUGAGUUUUGGGUACACUGUUGUUGGGGAUACUCGUAAUCCUGCUUCAUCAGGUAGCACUCAGAAUUUCCGCAGUUCCUCAAAUAUAAAACAAACUAGUAAUAACACUGGGUUGACAAGAACUAUCAGUGCAAAGUCUAGUCUAGGGAAUGGAAAGUCCACGGCUCGGCGUUAUGAUCACAGUAUUGUUAACAAAGAAUCGCAUCCUUCGUCCCAGAAUAUGGAGGAAAUUAAAGAUCUUCAUGAAAUUUUGCCCGCUGCACAAUCUGACCUGGGUAGUUCUGUAAACACUUUGUAUCAAAAAUUUGAUGAGGAGAAGGUGGAUCCUGCAAAUAAGUCUCAGUUCGAAUUUGACGUUGUCGCUAAAUACAUUGAACCUGUUGAGUCAAUAUCUCAUGAAAAAGAAGAUGCAAAUGCACUUCAAAGCGAGUUGGGAACUGGGAAUGAAACUGUUGUUCCUUUUGAGGAAAUAAAAAAAGCUGGUGAGGUUCCUACUGCUGGAAGUGAUGAAGUUGGUACAGAAAAUUUUCCUUCAGAAGAGCCCUUGGUAAACGGCAAUGAAACUGAUGUUCCUUUUGAAGUAUUGAAGAAAGCUGGUGAAGUUCCUACGGCUGGAAGGGACGAAGUUGGUACAGAAAUUUUGCCUGCAGAAGAGCCCUCGGUAAAUGGGAAUGAAACUGAUGUUCUUUUUGAGGAAUUAAUUAUUGUUGGCGAAGCUACUAUUGAUAGAAGUGAGGAAGCUGUUGAGAUUGGUACAGAAAAGUUGGCUCCAGAAGAGGGGAACAAAGUUUCUCCGAAGGACGAGGAAAGUGUUGUUCCUCAAGAUGCAGAAGAGGUAAUGAACGGUGAGAGAGACUUGAAAGAAAUGAUAAUGAAAGAUCUUGAAUCAGCUUUGAAAAGUGUAGAAAUGUUGGAAACAACUGCGUCAGAAGACGAGGAAGAUCGAGAAAACCAUGGAGACGAAGAUAAAUGUUUUAUAACACCAAUGAAGGAAGCAGCACCAUCAUGUUCGAGAGAUGUGGCUGAAUCUGUGGCAAGUGAGUUCUUAGACAUGCUAGGUAUUGAACACAGCCCUUUUGGUCUAAGUUCUGAGAGUGAACCUGAGUCCCCAAGGGAGCGCUUGUUAAGGGAGUUUGAAAUGGAAACCCUAGCAGCAGGUUCUUUGUUUGACUUUAGUAUUGAAGGUGAUGAUCCCCAAAUCGAAUGUGAUGAAAACUUUUCUAACGAGUAUGAGUCGGAUUUUGAAGAAGGUUUCGAUCUGGCAUCCCUCGUUCAUGAUAUAGAAGAAGAGUACCAGUUGGAAGCUCAAGCAAGAGUUAGCCAACCCAGGGCCAAAAUGUUAGAAGGCUUGGAAACAGAAUCUCUGAUGCGUGAGUGGGGUAUGAAUGAAAACACAUUUCAAAACUCUCCGCCUCACAAUGGUCGUGAUGCGUUUCAUCCAGCUGAUUUUCCAGUGAAGGAGCCAUUUGAUUUGCCUCCUCUUGGAGAUGGCUUGGGUCCAGUUGUGCAGACAAAGAAUGGAGGGUUCUUGCGGUCAAUGAAUCCCUUACUAUUCAGGAACUCUAAAGCUGGAGGCAGCUUGAUCAUGCAAGUGUCAAAUCCAGUGGUGGUGCCUGCUGAGAUGGGCUCUGGUAUCAUGGAGAUACUUCAGAAACUAGCCACUGCUGGAAUUGAGAAGCUCUCGAUGCAGGCAAAUAAAGUAAUGCCUUUGGAUGAUGUAACAGGGAAAACCAUGGAAGAGGUGUUGUGGGAAACUUCACCUACAAUUGACGGUGGGGACAGGGAUCAUGUAUCAGUGCAUGAAUCUGAUGAUGCAGCUGGUUUUGUGAGGGGAGCGGAAAGACGAACAUCAUUUGCAGCUAAGCCAAAAAAGUUUGGUUCAAGCUCUGGUAACAAUACCUUUGACUCCGAGUAUGUAUCACUUGAAGAUCUUGCUCCUUUGGCUAUGGAUCAGAUUGAAGCACUUUCUUUGGAAGGAUUGAGAAUACAAUCAGGAAUGUCAGAUGAGGAUGCACCCUCGGACAUCACUGCACAAUCUAUUGGAGAUAUCUCAGCCUUCCAGGGGAAAAGCGGGUGUGUUGGUCUAGAAGGUGCCGCCGGGUUACAACUUCUGGACAUAAAAGAUGAUGGGGACGAUGAUGAUGAUGGUUUAAUGGGACUAUCCUUGACGCUUGAUGAGUGGAUGAAGUUAGAUUCAGGGGACAUUGGCGAUGAAGACGAAAUAAAUGAGCGAACUUCAAAAAUUUUGGCUGCCCAUCAUGCAAACCCGCUAAACUUUAUCCGUAAAGGAUCAAAAGGGGAGAAAAGAAAGGGAAAAAAAGGAAGGAAAUGUGGUUUACUGGGGAAUACCUUCACCGUAGCACUAAUGGUGCAACUUCGAGAUCCUCUAAGGAACUACGAGCCAGUAGGAGCUCCUAUGCUUUCUCUUAUCCAAGUUGAGAGAUUGUUCGUCCCUCCAAAGCCCAAAAUCUACAGCACAGUUUCAGAGCUGAGGAAAACCGAUGAAGAGGAGGAAGCCGAGGUGAGUGAUGCAAAGAAAGAAGAGAAACCCAUGGAGGAACAAGGAAUCCCUCAGUACAAAAUCUCAGAGGUACAUCUUACCGGUAUGAAGAGCGAGACCGAUAAGAAACCAUGGGGAAUCACGACUCAGCAGCAGCAGGUGCAGUCUGGUUCAAGAUGGUUGAUGGCUAACGGAAUGGGGAAAGGGAACAACAAGCUUCCUCUUAUGAAACCAAAAUUGGGUUCGACAAAGCCUGGUGAUAAGUUGUGGAGUGUCUCUGGUUCUGGGUCUAAAUGGAAAGAGCUUGGGAAAAUGGGAAAGUUGAACAAACACGUUCGAAACCCGAAUGUGAUAAUGCCAAAAUGAAACUGAAGAAGUAGCAUGUGUCUGCUCUGUAUUUUUGAUGCUAAGUAAAGCUAAUGUGAUGUGGUGAAUUGUGUGUAGAUUCACUUCAAAUGUUGCAUGUGUUUUAUAUUGUGUGUAGUUUAGGUUUUGCGGAUCAAACUAAUCGCUGUCUGUGGUACAGUUAAAAGAUCAAUGGAACAAAUUGCCAACGAACAAACAAAAUCCUUUGAACUUUGAUUCUUUUUAUGUCUGAAAUCAAUUACUCAGACAUGA